AUUAAACAUUUCAAUCUGACCAUCAAAAAAAGAUUUUGUGAAUUGACGUGUUUUUUGAAUUGGCUUUAAAAAAAGUAAAGCUAUGACUGAAUAUAAAGAUGAUGGAACCGAAAGUGUGAUUCUCAAGAUGAUAUUAGAGGCAGGCUAUGAAUGUUGUAGUUCUGUGAAUUCUGUACGAGAUUUGCUUGAAAAUCAAACUAUUGAAGAACGAGAUGUCGCCGAAAUCAUUGGUUGCAUGGCUCGUACUCAUGUAAAUAUGGCUGGUGUUGGUGGUGGAGACAAUACUACGGAGGCCACUUGGAACGUGGAGAACUUUGUUACCGUAGUUAAAGACAAGGCUCCCGAGUUGGAUUGGUAUAAAGUCUAUCAAAAGUUGGACUAUCCUCAUUUUUUUCUAUUUGAUGAAAAGGGUCUUGAUAUACUUGUUAGAGCAUGGCAGGCUUGCCCUAAUGAAAACCCGUUUCCUGCCGAUAUUUUCUUUGGUGAAUGGGAAAAUUUACGCGGACAACUCACUGCAUUAUAUCAAAUAGCUAUUGCACCCACAGGCAUUAUCAACUCGGUUGCUUGUUCAAAGAAAACCGUCAUCAAAGCCGAUGACUUCACCCAAUCCAGUGUACAUAUUCGUUCUAUGGUAUCUCAGCUUUUAAAUGACCAACUCAAUUCUCUCGACUUGAUUGAACGUAUCAUCAAAUUGGCCGAUACUUCUGUUGCCGAUGAUGUUAAAGCUCUUCUAGAAAAGAUUCUGGUCAAGAAGGUACCAGAACUCUUGUUUAUGGGUUUGCUUCAAAUUGAUCCUAUUUUAAACAAAGUACACGAAGAGUUAUUAAACAGAUUGAUUAAUUUUUAUCUGACGGGUAAUGCAAGCAGUGUAUUGGUCAUGACCAAAUUCUGGAAAGUCAAGCCCGAAUUAUUCAAGGAAAACAUUAUUGACUUGUAUGCUAAAGAGCCUACGUCAUUAACCAGAAUUUUGGCGUUUGUCCAUGAGCUAAAGAUCCUGCCUGUUAUCCUCGACAUUCAGCCAUUUUUGUUCACUAUUGAUUUGGCCGCUUUAGCUACCCGUCGUGAAUAUCUCAAUCUCGAAAAAUGGUUGCAGGAUAAAAUUGCUGAGCAUGGCGAAGUGUUUUGUCAAGCGUGUUUAAAGUUUCUCGGUAAAAAGGUAAGAGCGGAAUUGGCCAGACACGAAUCAAAUUCUGCUCCCACCACGGUGCCUUUGUCUAUGGAUGUUGUUACAGUAUUUAUCAAAAUACUUUUGGACAGUAACCUCGGCCGUCAAGAAAAGGAAUUAGUACGAGAUAUACAUUCGACAUAUAUCCAAUUAGCUCAAAAAUCAGUUGUAUCCACUACUCCUGACCAACAACUUCCUACUGAUUCAUCCUCGUCAAUCCCUACUGCCGCAGCAACAGGCGACAUCACGUUUAAACAGGACAUCGAAGACGAAGCCAAUUCUUACUACGAAAGAAUCUAUAGUGGUGAAAUUUCAAUUGAUGAAAUGAUCGAAAGGCUUGCUAAAUUCAGCACAUCCAACGAUCCACGCGAGCAAGAUAUAUUUGCUUGCAUGAUCCACAACCUGUUUGACGAGUACCAUUUCUUCCCUAAAUAUCCUGAUAAGGAACUGGCUAUAACGAGUAUUCUGUUUGGUUCUUUGAUCCAGAGUCAAUUAGUAUCUUAUGCGCCCCUUGGUAUUGCUUUGAGAUGUGUAUUGGAUGCUCUGGGAAAUGCACCGGGAUCAAAAAUGUAUAACUUUGGCCUCCAAGCCCUUGCUCAGUUUCAAUCCCGUCUGUCUGAAUGGCCUCAGUACUGUGCCCAUCUCCUGCAGAUCCCUACCCUUCAACAAGCUAACCCUGACUUGAUCCAUUUGAUUAAAUCAUCCAUGCAAAUGGGUAGAAUCCAACAACAUCAGCAACAACAUCAGCAACAGCUGCAACAAGAUGAAGGAUUAGUGCCCGAUCUUUCAAACCCGUUACUAAUUGAUCCAUCUGCGUCUGCCUCUUCAAAGGAAGUCGCUUUGGUUUCCGCUUCUUCCGCUGCUGCUGCGGCUGCUGCCGCCGCCGCCGCUGCCACUGCCAUUAUAUUUACUGCCAUUCGUAUUCCCGAAAUGAUCUCCGAUGAAAAUAUCACGUAUGAGGCACCAAACGAAGCCACACAAGAUAAGAUCUUAUUCAUCAUCAACAAUGUAGCACUGAACAAUUUGGAGAUCAAAUCCAACGAUUUGAAGGAUAACUUAAAGAAAUCGGCCUAUCAAUGGUUUAGUAAUUAUUUGGUGGUAAAGCGUGCAAGUAUCGAACCCAAUUAUCACGAUCUUUAUUUGUUGUUGCUCCGUUCAUUCAAUAGUGAAUUAUUGUAUCAGCAUGUUCUUCGUGAGACAUUUGCCAAUAUCAAAAUUUUGCUCAAUUCUGAAAACACGGUUUCUUCUUCCACAGAACGUACUUUGUUAAAGAACCUAGGUGCUUGGCUUGGUGGUAUGACUUUGGCUCAAAAUAAGCCCAUCAAACAGAAAUACAUUUCAUUCAAGGAACUUUUACUGGAAGGUUAUGACACCAACCGCCUUAUUGUCAUUAUUCCGUUUGUUUGUAAGGUGUUAGAACAAGGUACCAAAAACUCGGUUUUUGUUCCUCCCAAUCCCUGGGUUAUGGCCAUUUUGAAAUUACUUGUGGAACUAUAUCAGCACGCCGAUCUUAAAUUGAAUCUCAAGUUUGAAAUUGAGGUGCUUUGUAAGAGUUUAUCCGUCGAAUUAAAUUCGAUCCAACCUACCACCGUAUUAAAGAACCGUCAACCCAAAAAUCGCCUUACGAUUGCCCCUCCUCCACCUCCUCCCUCUGUCAAUACAACCGCUAUUGUGGCUCGCACUGCAGAAACUACCGCUUCUCCCUUUGCCAAUACCAAUAGCCGUCCUCCCAUCACCAAUUUGAUCCCUCAAUCUUCCAACCCCAAUAUCGAUGAUGAAGAACCCAUCAAUAUUCCUAAUCUUGGCCCUUAUUUAACUUUCAAUCCUCAAAUUGUCAUGUAUUCCACACAGCCUAGCUCCAAACGCUGGGUACUUCAAGCCGUCACCCAAUCGAUCCGUGAGAUUAUCGGUCCUGUUGUCGAAAGAUCCGUUGCUAUUGCUUCUGUCUCUACACGGGAGUUGGUCACCAAGGACUUUUCUAUGGAAUCCGAUGAAAAUAAGAUGAGAAAAGCAGCCCAUUUAAUGGCCCAAAGCUUAGCUGGUAGUUUAGCCAUGGUGACAUGUAAGGAUCCUCUUCGUACCAGUAUGGUUAACCACAUGCGUUCACUCUUCAUUGCCAAUGGUCUUAGUGAAGUGAUUGCCGAGCAAGCUGCCAUGUUGACAGUGGCUGACAAUCUUGAUUUGGUUUGCGCCGUGAUUGAAAAGACAGCCAUGGAAAAGGUAACGAUGGAGGUGGACGAGUCUUUGAUGAAUGCAUAUGCUAGUCGUAAGAAGCAUAGGGAACAACAGCAACAACGUGGCGGUGGUAAUGGGCAACCUUACUUUGAUAUGGACAUCUUUUCGAUGUCUAGAUACCCAUCUACGUUACCUGAACCUUUACGUCCCAAACCAAAUGGACUUGGUGUUAGUCAACUUCGUGUCUAUGAAGACUUUACUCGUAUACCAAGAUCUGCCGCCGCUGUCGUUGCUGCAUCUGCAGGACAGAUGAUGGAUCAACAACCUAUGAUGGAUCAACAACAACGUAUUUUACGUACAAAUGGCCGUCCAGAGUUACAUAGCAAUUAUAGCAGCAAUAACCUUACGCCUUCAUUUGAUGGCGUUAGUCAACAACAACAGCAGCAACAGCAGCAACAACAACAACAGCAACAACAACAAGCAAGCGCUCGUCAGAUUUUAGAAAGAUUUGCCCAAUACAUUAACGAUUUAGAAAAAUUAGUUAGCAUGACGAAUGUUCCUAAUUUCAACUCCUUACCCAUGAACCAUGAUAUCGUUAGUAUUGUAAGACAAAUUCCCUUGUUGGCAGCAUCUAGUUUUGAUAAAUCUGAGGCAGCAAGAACUUUUGCGCAAAAGGUUGUUCAGUUACUUUACAAGAGUGAGACACAAUUGGGCCGUGAAAUGUAUGUGAUUCUUUUAGAGAAGCUUUGUGAUGUAUCUCAAAAUGUGGGUACUCUUGUUACAUCAUGGUUGACCCACGCUGAUGAUGAACGCAAAUACAACGUUCCGGUAACUGUUGCUUUAAUCAAGGCUAAUUUGAUCAAGCUCCCCGAACAAGAUCAAGAAUUGGCCAAUUUGAUUGAUAACGGUCGUGUCAGCGCUAUUGAUUUUACAGCCCGUUUGAUUCGCUCUUGUUUGUUUGAUGACGUUCCUUUGGCUACCCGUCAAGAAUUCAUGGCAUCUCUUGAAGCGCUUAGUAGACUUCGAGGUAACGUACCUGAUAGCGUUUUGGUAUUGAUGGACGAGAUGCGCAGAAGAGCGACUAUUUCAUCGUCUAAUUCCAACUUGUCUGGUGGUCCCACUCCCUUGAUCUCCCAACAUAUUCAACAGCAUCAACAGGAUGGGCAAGAAGAAGAUCUUGGUCUUCGUGAACAUCUUCGUAUUUUGUUUACUGAAUGGGUUAGAAUUUAUCAACACCCUACAUCCUCUGAUAAGGUAUUGAAUGCCUUUGUUGCCCAAUUAUCACAACAGGGUAUUUUUAAAAUGGAAGACGUGUCUUCCUUAUUUUAUCGAGUCUGUAUUGAAACUUCCAUUGAACAUGCCAUCAAAUACAAGCAAUUGCCUGGGCAAUCACCUGGACUCGCAUAUCAACCUAUUGACGCAUUUUCCAAAUUGAUCAUUAGUUUGUUGAAAUUGCAGCAACCAUCUACACCUGUUGGUACACCUGCAGCGGAUGCACAAGACAAUGGACGUGUCAAACUUUUCAACAAGGUGCUUUCAAUUAUUGUGCUUGUUGCAGCCCAGCAUCAUGAACAACGUCAACAACAAUUUAAUCAACGCCCAUUUUUGAGAUUGUUCACCAGCCUAUUCAGUGAUCUUCACGCGGCCGAACAACAAAUCCAAACUAUCUAUAUUCCCAUCUUGACAACCAUGAGCAAUACUUUCAAUACACUGCAGCCAUCCCAAUUCCCUGGGUUCACUUUUGCUUGGCUUCAGUUGAUUUCUCAUCGUUUAUUCAUGCCUAAAUUAUUACUUGCAGAAAAUCAAAUGGGCUGGCCCACUUUCCAAAGAUUACUCAUCUGCUUAUUCAAAUUCCUUGGACCUUUCUUACGUAACGCGCAGUUAAAGGAAACUACACGUAUGCUUUAUCGAGGAACUUUAAGAGUAUUAUUAGUGUUACUCCAUGAUUUCCCUGAAUUCCUUUGCGAUUAUCAUUACAGCUUAUGUGAUGUUAUCCCAUCAUCCUGUAUCCAACUCCGUAACCUCAUCUUGAGUGCAUUCCCUCGUAAUAUGCGUCUUCCAGAUCCUUUCACACCCAAUCUCAAGGUAGAUCUGCUUCCUGAAAUCAAUCAAUCGCCCAACAUUUUAUCAGACUAUACCUCGGUUUUGAAAACCAGCAAUUUGAAACAAGACAUUGACGAAUAUUUGGAAUCACCCAAUGAUCAUUUCUUGAGCAAGUUACCUGGACGAUUAUUAUUUACGGGAGAGGGAGAUAUGUCGAAAUACAAUGUGCCAUUGAUGAAUGCGUUGGUGUUCUAUAUUGGCGCUAUUGGAGUCAAUGAGGGCAUCCCAGUAAACCAAGGAUCACCUGUCGAAAUCUUUCAAUAUCUGUUAAAUGAGCUUGAUUCGGAAGGCAGAUACUUGUUUGUUAGUGCCAUUGCUAAUCAACUCCGAUACCCCAAUAGUCAUACGCACUAUUUCAGCUGUGUCAUUUUGUACUUGUUUGCGGAAAGCACCAAAGAAAUUGUCAAGGAACAAAUUACUCGUGUCCUUUUGGAGCGUCUUAUUGUGAAUAGACCUCAUCCUUGGGGACUUUUGAUUACCUUUAUUGAAUUGAUCAAAAACCCAAGAUAUAGUUUCUGGAAUCAUUCGUUCACAAGAUGCGCUACGGAUAUUGAACGCUUAUUUGAAAGCGUGUCUAGAUCCAUUAACCAAAUUUAGAUUACAUACAAUGCAUAUUUGGAAAGAAAGAAAGAAAGUGUAUAUACGUUAAAAAAAACAAAAAAAAAAUCACAACUCCACCUACAAAAAAACACUGUCAUUAUUUUUUAAUUAUUUCUGUACAUUUACCAUUUUUUUUUUUUUCUUUUGUAAAAAAAUAUGUUUACUUCUUUAUACAUUCAGAUUAUACCAACAAUAAACAUUUCACUCUUCUCUUUUUAGUUUUAUAUGGGCCGUGUAUGUUGCCGUUUUAGAAAAUAUGUAGUACUUCAUCAUAUGAAGUCGUAAGUCGUGAUUUUCGGCCACAAAAAAAAAAAU